AUGAUUCACCAAACACACUGCGCUGGAUGCGAUCAAGCGAUACUCAAGCAGUUUGUUGAGCAUGUCGAUCUACCGAAUCAAAUCUGGCAUCCAGAGUGCUACAUGAUCUUCAAAUUCUGGGGUGCUAAAUUAGCCCCAAAGAAGCCAGCAGAACCAAAAGACAUUUUAACCGUACAAAAUCAAAUCGAAAAAAAAGUUACACGUGUGUGGACCGAUUUAUCAUCAUUUGAAGAGUCAUCUGCGAAUUGUAUAUCGGAUAUGCUGUUAAAUGUAGCUGCUGGUGCAUACAUUGAAGGUAUCCGUAUGGCUAACCAGUUCAUCAUGCAUUUGGAAGUUUUAUUCAAUGCCUUGGACGCCAUGGAACAAACGCCAAACACAGACUUACACUGCAACAACGAAGCCAGCCUUACCUGCAAACAAGUGAUUCGAUUUUUUCAACUAUUAACGACACCACCCAAUGAGACGUCAAUUACUCAGGAACUACUAUCACUCGUAACUGGACUAGCACAGAAUCUGAAAUCACUGAUUCGAAUUGGAUUGUCGGCUGCACUAAACUUGUUUCUAAAUCAAUUGCUGCAACUAGAAAAGAAGCGAGUGUGGAUUGCUGGAAGAUACUGGUUCAAAGACCCUCCAGAGACAACGGCAAGCGAUCAAACCGCUCACAAUUACACCAACAUCUGCUGUCAAUGUCAGUCUACGAUUCAGGACACCGAUUGCUACACCUCAUCUCAAUGGCAAUGGCAUCCAAGCUGCUUUCGCUGCUCCAAAUGCUCGGCAUCUCUCAACGAAACAAACGCUCUACUACUGGAGAAUGCUCUCUACUGCCCAUCUUGCUGUGAAUUAGACGUCAAUCAUUCUUCCGUAGCCAGAUGCACCCAUGUCACUCUACUGCAAUUCAGCUUGAAUCAACUGAAGGCCUAUUUGUCUACCAUGUCUACCAGAUCGACUCCUGCAAUCACAAGUAAUUUAAACGGAGUGAAAGUAUCACCACCAAAUCAAGUGCUUAUGCCCGAGACCAAAAGACAGAGAUCCAUCUUGCGUGUGCUAGGUAGCAGACAACAACAGAAACGCAAGUCGAAUCGAUUGAAUUCCGUGCAUUUAGGUCAAAUUGGACGCACAUCUUCCACCACGCUCAAAGACUCGGCUUCUUCUUCCAUAGGCAAAAAGAAAGGAGGAGACCUGAUGAUUUGCACAAAUACGACCGAUUCAUCCUCGAGUCAACAACAACAACAGCAGCAGUCUUAUUUGAAUGAUGCACUAUCGUCAUCCAUAUCAUCUGUAGUGUCACCGCUUGUCGCAUCAUCACCAUCCUCCAUCACAAAAGGAGGGAGGUUUACACAGAGCAUUCGACGUACAUUCAGUACAAACAGCCAGCACUAUGGCAAGCGCAGGCCUUCGCUUUAUAAUGUAUUUCAGUCAAAGAAGCGAGAGCCGAGACGAGCCUCUGUGCUCACUAUUGAUGAAUCUGGACACACAUUGCACAAAUAUGUCCACCUAGCCACACUGACACCGUCUCAGGAUUACAUUGUUCGCCAUGCCGCUGUCAUUGCAAUCGAACCGUGGAUGAGCACUGUCUUUUCACUGGAUGAGCUGAUUGAUUUGAUUGAUGAAAAAAAGAAGAAAAAGAAAAGGACAUACACUGAUAGCAACUCGCCUCAUCAUUCUCAAAAUCCAGCGUCAGCACUCUGGGGUAAAUUGAUCACACACAUCAAAGCAUCCUCUUCAACUUCCACCCUGACCGCCACCACAUCCGCAACUACAAAGCACAACAGCAAUAAGACAUUUGGCGUCGCACUCGCCAUGGUUGCUCAACGGGAUCACGAUCAGUUAUUACUACAGCAGAAGCCAGAUGACGGCGGUGUCACAUUACGAGACUACACACCAGCAUUGGCUGCAGGCUUCUCUGAUAAUGCAUUGAUACCCAUUUUCGUCAAGAGUUGCAUUAUGGUCAUUUUGCAGUCAGACAUGUCGAUUGAAGGGGUCUUUCGUAAGAAUGGCAAUAUUCGUCAACUUAGGACACUAUCAGAAUCAAUAGACCAGCUCAAAUCAACGACGACUUCGAUGGCCGCCAUGGAAGAAUUGCUCGCAAAUCAGAAUGCAAUCCAAUUAGCUGCACUCCUCAAACGAUACCUUCGCGAAUUGCCUGAACCAUUGAUGACAUUUUCAUUAUACAAAUUGUUUGUUCAAUGUGGGCGUAUCGUGCAAGACCAAGAACAAAAGAAAAAGGUGCUUCAUCUGGCAUGUUGCUUGCUGCCAAAGCCAAACCGAGAUACAGUCAUGAUGUUAUUCUGCUGCCUCAAGUGGGUGUCUACAUUUAGUGACACUAACAAAAUGGAUAUCCCCAAUCUAGCGCGUGUCAUUGCGCCUAGCGUAUUAUUCGACAAACCUUCCCAGACAUCCAGUGCAUCUAUUGCGGCGACUACUUCUGCUGCAGUAGAUCUUCGUCAAGGGGCGCAAGAAGAAAUUAAUGUAAUUGAAACAUUGAUUCGAGAAGUAGACGAUUUAUCUAUAAUUCCUUCUGAUUUGACAAUAUUCACAUUGCAUGACAUCAAUCAGGAUAUGGCUGAUCUGAAUUCAAGGCACUUUGUACACCACUACCAACAAUUGCUCACAGAAAUGCAGAAUCAGCGGUCAAAGAGCGAAAACAACAGCCCUGUAACACCAACCAGCUCUGGUAGAAAAUUGACGCAAUCUACACUGCUGCUGAAGCACCAUAUUGGCAUUCCAAAGCCAUUGAGUUUCCAAAGUAACAACAACAGCAAUUCUUCACCCAAAGUGAUUAUACAGGCCCCUUCAGCAAAGCAAAGAAGGACAUCAUGGAUACCUGGGUUAAAGUAG